AUGGAGACUAGCAGAGGCUUGAUCACGAAAUUGGGGCUUUACAGUGCCGCUGCUGUGGUACUAGUGGUUGCAGGAAAGAAACACAUUGCAUAUCUCAAGGAGGAGAGACAUUUGAAGGAGAGUGACAUUAGCUUGGAGCGUGAGGAAGAAUUUGAGGAUAAGACCACCAGAAGAGGAUUCCCAACGAACAACCCUAACCUCAAUUACGAAGGCACGGGCCGUGAGUCCAAGUACAUUGGAUCGGGUCAGGCAUAUUCGUCACGUACACCAGGUGACCGCUUGAGCGUUUGGAAUGUGUUCAAGCAGAAAAGUGGCAAAAACGAUAAGGAGUAG